AUGAACAACAACGAUUCUGAACCUGAAGCAAGGGAACUUACUUAUGUUGAGUUUCCAGGAAAAUAUGUCUGGAAGUUAAAGGAUCGGUGUUGGCAGCCGCGUAAAACUCAUGUUUCGGUUGGGAGAAUUUAUUUUGUGUCUCCUUCUCUGGGUGAGGCUUAUUUCCUAAGAAUUCUUCUAACUAAGGUUAGAGGACCACGAUCCUUUGAAGAAAUCCGAACCUAUGAUGGUGUUGUGUAUCCUACCUUUAGAGAUGCGUGUUAUGCACGUGGGCUGUUAGACGAUGACAAUGAAUAUAUUGAGUGUAUUAAAGAAGCCAGUUUCACAGGAAAUGGUAAUUAUCUGCGUUGUUUAUUUGGUACACUACUAUUGUCUAAUACGCUAUCAAGACCUGAAGUUGUUUGGGAUAAGACGUGGGAGUUUUUGUCCGAAGACAUUUUAUACAAUAUGCGGAAGGAUACUGACAUUAGAGGAUUGGUUGUUUCAGACGAACUUAUAAAGAAUAUAACGUUGUCUAAAAUUGAAAAUUACCUUCUUCGUAAUGGUUCAAGUUUGUGCAGAUUCUCACCAAUGCCUGUUCCUAACGAUGAGUCUGUAAUACACGAGAGCAACCGUCUAAUAAACGAGGAGCUUUCUUGGGACACUGAUCAACUUAGUGCUGAGUUCAAUAAUCUUCACAUCUCUUUAAAUGAUGAUCAAAGAGCAGUGUUUAACGAGAUUAUGGAUGCUGUUCGAAGUGGGAAUGGUGGUGUUUUUUUUUGUGUACGGUUACAGUGGUACAGUGGUAUUGCAUCAUUGUUGUUGUCACGAGGUCAUACGGCUCAUUCACGAUUUCAUAUUCCAAUUAAUCUUAAUGAAGAUUCGGUUUGCCAUAUUAAACCUAAUACUGAAAUCGCUAAUCUUCUAAACGAAGCCAAGUUGAUUAUUUGGGAUGAAGCGCCAAUGGUACACAAACAUGCUUUCGAGGCUCUUGACCGUACAUUGAAGGAUGUUUUGAGUGUUGGUGAUUCACGAAAUUCUGAAAUUCCAUUUGGUGGAAAGGCUAUUGUCUUUGGUGGUGACUUUAGACAAAUCCUACCGGUUGUUCAAAAUGGAAGCAGGCAAGACAUCGUACACGCCUCUUUAUGUUCAUCCUACAUUUGGUCGAGUUGCAAGGUGUUAAAAUUGACAAGGAACAUGCGUUUAUCUGUUGGAGCCAGUAGCUCAAACAUACAAGAGAUACACGAGUUUGCUAAAUGGCUUCUUGAAGUUGGCGAAGGCAAUGUUGGUGAUGGUAACGAUGGCGAGGCAACUAUGGAAAUACCAAACGAUCUUUUAAUAACUGAUCCAAUUCAAAGUUUGAUCGACUUUGUAUAUCCUUCAGUUCUUGACCGUUUUAAAGAUCGAGACUACUUUUCUGAGAGAGCCAUACCCGCGCCUAAGAAUGAAGUUGUUCAUGGUAUCAAUGAUCGUUUGCUUGCAUUGUUUCCCGGUGAAGAAGUAGAGUAUCUUAGCUCGGAUAGUAUAUGCCCAACUGAGGAAAUCAAUGAUCCAUUACACCAAGAUUUAUAUAAUCCUGAGGUUUUAAACAGUGUGAAGGUUUCAGGAUUACCAAAUCAUAGAUUGGUAUUAAAGUUGGGUGUUCCAGUGAUGCUUUUGAGGAAUAGAUCAGCAAAACGGUUUAUGUAA